UGAGACACACGUGACGCAUGCGCAGUGAGGAGGCAGUGCACGUUCAGCGCUUCAGGAGCCGCGUGAGACUCUUGCAGCGUGUCGUGUUCUAGGCUCAAAAUGUCUGGGAAGAGUUUUCGAGUUAGUGACGGGGACUGGAUUUGUCCCGAUAAAAAAUGCGGAAAUGUAAACUUUGCAAGGAGAACUAGCUGUAACCGGUGUGGUAGAGACAAAACCACAGAAGCCAAGAUGAUGAAAGCAGGAGGCACUGAAAUUGGUAAAACUCUGGCAGAAAAAAGCAGAGGACUCUUUAGUGCGAAUGACUGGCAGUGUAAAACAUGUGGUAAUGUGAACUGGGCCAGACGAUCGGAGUGCAACAUGUGUAAUACACCCAAAUAUGCCAAACUUGAAGAAAGAACAGGUUAUGGUGGGGGCUUCAAUGAGAGAGAGAAUGUAGAAUAUAUUGAACGAGAGGAGUCUGAUGGAGAAUAUGAUGAGUUUGGUAGAAAAAAGAAAAAGUUUCGAGGUAAAAGUAGUAGUACUUCUUCCUCUAAAGAAAGUGAAAAGAAAGAAUCAAAACGGGAAGAAGAGGAAGAGGAUGAGGAGGAAGAUGAUGAAGAUGGUGACCUCUCGAAAUAUAAGUUGGAUGAUGAUGAUGAGGAGGAUGAAGAUGGAGACCUUUCAAAGUAUGACUUGGAUGCCAGUGACGAAGAUGAGGAUAAGAAGGAGGAGAAGAAGAAGGGCAGUCGCUCGGGCUCGUCCCGCUCUCGCUCUUCUUCUCGCUCCUCCAGCUCCGCCUCACGGUCCAGGUCCAGGUCCCGCUCUAGAAGCUCGUCCAGCUCCAGGUCUGGCUCUCACUCCAGGUCCCGUUCCAGAUCCAGCUCCAGGUCUGGAAAGGGCUCAUCACGGAAGGCCUCCCGCUCGCCCUCCUCUUCCCCUGAGAGGACACUCAAACGCAGUCGGUCCCGGUCCUCUUCUGGAGGGAGGAAACGCAGGCGCUCUAGAUCUCAUUCGUCCGAAAGGUUUGGGUUUAUGUGGAAUACCACAGUGGCACAGAUCAUACUUCUGUUGCCUUCUUUUGGAUUUUGCAAUUGACAUGUUAUCAUAUCUGGGCAUUUUUAUCCAAUUCUGGUGUUAUUAUUUUGUUUAGUAUUAAUAACUAAUGAGGUGUAAUUUGGUUUACUGACCUUGUACUUCUUCCCUUGUGUUUGUGCUUGCAGGAGGCGUGGGCAGUCCUCUGGGUCAUCAAAUUCUGGCUCCAGUUCAAAAAAGAAAUAACUUUAAAACAGCCUUUGAACACAUCAGAAAACAAAAGGAACCCCGAUACCAUUGCAUGUUGUGUUGCAAGAUAUCAAAUGCUCCCAUUCAGUAUACUGUUGACUACUUU